GCCCCGGGCGGCCGGCGGGACAGAGCGCUGCGAGCCGCCGCCCGGCCGGCGCGGAUGGAGGUGGCGGAGCCCGCGCGGCGCGGGGAGUGAGCGCGCAGCGGCCGAUCGGUGGACCCCGCGGACUCGCCAUGGAGGAGGAGGGUGUGAAGGAGGCGGGCGAGAAGCCCCAGCGAGCACGGACGGCGGACAAGGCUGGCUGGAUCAAGAAGAGCAGCGGGGGCUUCCUAGGGCUCUGGAAAGACCGCUAUCUGCUCCUCUGCCAGGCCCAGCUACUGGUCUACGAGAAUGAGGACGAGCAGAAAUGUGUGGAGACAGUGGAGCUGGGCAGCUAUGAGAAGUGCCAGGACCUGCGUGCCCUCCUCAAGCGGAAACACCGAUUUAUCCUGCUGCGAUCCCCAGGGAACAAGGUCAACAACAUCAAGUUCCAAGCACCCAAUGGGGAGGAGAAGGAAUCCUGGAUCAAAGCCCUCAAUGAAGGGAUCAGCCGAGGCAAGAACAAGGCUUUCGAUGAGAUAAAGGUGGACAAGAGCUGUGCGCUGGAGCAUGUGACCCGGAACCGAGUGCGUGGGGGCCAGCAGCGCCGGCCACCUACGAGAAUCCACCUGAAGGAGGUAGCCAGCGCAGCUUCUGAUGGGCUUUCUCGCCUGGACCUCGAUGCUCUGGACAGCAGGCCGCCAGUGCUUACCCCCGGCAAUGACGUCAACGCAGCCCCGCCCCGGGAGGCCCUCCGGCCCCUCAUGCCUCCUGCCAAGCCUUCCCCAGCUCCCGAGGUGACCGCCCUUGGUGACAGAGGGGAGACCCCUGUGGGGGAGAGAGCCCCAACCCCUGUCUCAGCAAGCUCUGAGGCGCAGCCUGAGAGCCAGGAAGACUCAGAGACUGUAGUGGGGGAGGACAGCUCCUCUGAGCAGCUCCCCAGGGUCCUGCCUGAAAAACUGAAGGUGAGCUGGGACAACUCCAGCCCCGAGGAGCCCCCUGUGCCUGAGAGUGCGGAACCACCCCAGGUGCCCUGUUCUGAGACUUCCGAGGCUUCGACCAAGGAGGGUGGGAAGCCCCCGACGCCCCCACCCAAGAUCCUAUCGGAGAAACUGAGAGCCUCCAUGAUUGGGGUGGAGGCUUCCGGGCCAGCCCGGAGUCCUGGGGCCUCUGAGACCUCUGCCCCAGGCUCAGCGCAGGUCUCAGUGAACGGCGUGGAUGACAGUCCUGAGCCUGUGGAGCCAUCCCAGGCUGCUGGCACUCCAGGAAUUCCCCCGGAGAACAAAACCGCUUCUACCGUGUUCCCCUGGGAACUGCCGCCUCAGAGCCAACCCCGCCGCUCCUCCAUGGGGGACCUGCUUGGGGAAGGCCCCCGGCGUCCACAGCAGCGGCUGUACCGGGCCCAGCUGGAGGUGCAGGUGGCCUCAGAACAGACGGAGAAACUGUUGAACAAGAUGCUGGCCAGCGAGCCGGCCCCGGUGAGUGCCGAGACACUGCUCAGCGAGGCUGUGGAGCAGCUGAGGCAGGCCACCCAGGUCCUGCAGGAAAUCCGAGAUCUGGGAGACCUAAGCCAGGAAGCACCGGGGCUGCGGGAAAAGCGGAAGGAGCUGGUGACCCUCUACAGGAGAAGUGCACCCUAGGGCCUGCCAGGCCGGGGCACCGUCCCGCCUGGCUGGCCUGGUUCAUCGAGCCCAGCCCUGCCAAGAAAUGUGCUUCCGCUCAGGCUGUUGAAGGGCCAUCGGACAUGUCAGUGUUUGGCCAGGACCUGCAGAGGCUCCUGGUAUCCUUCCUGCCUGGCCUUGGCCAGCGGUGCAGGUGUCACCCAGGGCCACUGUCUGGCUAACUGGCCUGGCUUCUGGGCCCUCGCUCGGGCUGGGAGCACACACUCAGGACCUCUGUGCUUGCAUGGUUGUUCCAAUCUGCCCCAGGGCUUUGGCACAGCACUCGGGGCUCUGGGAGUGGCAUCAUCUCUGCUUCUCACCCCCCGUAGUUUACAUUCCUGACUUCUGAAUAGAGCACAGCUGAGCCCCCCACAGCCUCUAUGUCCAGAUACUCCCAGGCGGACAGCCUCCUGGCAAAGGCAGCUUCAAGUUGUAACCAACC